AUGAAAAGUACGUCUUAUUGGCUUCUUCAGUCUAUUUUGGAAGAAAUAGCAGGAGACAAAAAGAGCUUAUUUGCCUUUGGGGCAUCAAUAGGAACAAAAAUAGCUGAGGAGAUGGCACUGAAGGCCCUGCCAGAAGAGACUGUCUCUUUGGUGUGCUAUACAUCCCAGGUGCUAGAUGAGUACUUUGAGUGCACCCUGCAGACAGCCCAGGAGAAUGGAGAGGUGCAUAUACGAAUAAACGAAGAAUUGCCAGCUGACAGGCUGGCAGACAAAGCUGAAAUAAUUGCAGGCAUUAUUACUGCAGUUGUAGGAAGAGUGCAAAAUAAAAGAGUUCGUGCAAAGACGUAUGGGGCACAGGCAAAAAUAGUGGUAACAGAGUAG